AUGGCUCAUACUACCAUGAAGCCUAUAUUUUCCAUGCUCCAGCUGCUUCUAACCGUAGGCCUUAGCCACAACCUUCUAGCCUCCGGUCUCGGCGGCGACCACGAGCAGUUCGCCUACACCGGCUUCACCGGCAGCAAGCUCAUCCUCGACGGUGCAGCCACUAUCACGACGGCAGGCCUAGUCAAGUUGACCAACGAGACGUUCAGGAUCAAGGGCCACGCGUUCCACCCGGUACCGGCACGCUUCCGUGAAUCCUCCAGUGGCGCGGUGCAAUCCUUUUCUGUCUCCUUUGUGUUCGGCAUCCUGUCCUCGUUCGGCGACGUCAGGGGCCACGGCUUCGCCUUCUUCAUCGCCCCGAGCACCGAUCUUUCUACUGCUUUCCCGAUCCAGUUCUUGGGCCUUGUCAAUGACACCAACAAUGGCAGCGUGAGCAACCACCUCUUCGCUGUAGAGCUCGACACCAUCCUGAACACCGAGUUCGGGGACAUCGACAACAACCAUGUUGGCAUCGACGUCAACAGCCUCAACUCGAUGCGAUCUUCCACUGCUGGCUUCUACGAUGAUAGUAAGAGUGGCACGUUCACAAAUUUGUCCCUGAUUGGAAGUGGACCAAUGCAAAUUUGGGUGGACUAUGAUGGGAACUCCACACAAAUCAAUGUGACCUUAGCUCCUCUUGGUGUCGCGAAACCUGUGAGGCCACUCCUCUCAACAACCUAUGACCUCUCAGGUGUGCUAACAGAGCAAGCAUACCUUGGCUUCUCAUCCUCAACAGGCUUGACCACAGGGCAUCACUAUGUGCUUGGUUGGAGCUUUGCCAUGAAUGGUGCUGCUCCAACUAUAGAUCCCACCAAACUGCCCAAAUUGCCUCAUCUUGGUCCGAAACCUCGAUCCAAACUUUUAGAGAUCGUCCUGCCAAUAGCUUCGGCGCUGUUUGUGUUGGUUAUAGGUAUUUUGGCUGUUCUAAUGGUGAGGAGACAUUUUAGGUAUAAGGAGGUUCGCGAAGAUUGGGAAGUUGAGUACGGUCCGCACCGGUUUUCUUACAAGGACUUGUUCCAUGCCACCAAAGGAUUUAAGGACAAACGUUUGAUAGGUGUUGGUGGGUUUGGAAGGGUAUACAGGGGGGUGCUUCCAGCAUCUAAGUCAGAGGUCGCUGUGAAGAGGGUGUCAUAUGACUCGAAGCAGGGUGUAAAGGAAUUCAUCGCUGAAGUUGUUAGCAUUGGUCGUCUUCAGCACCGUAAUGUCGUGAAAUUGCUUGGGUACUGCAGGCGAAAAGGUGAGCUUCUUCUGGUAUAUGAAUACAUGGCUAAUGGAAGUCUUGACAAACACUUGUACGGUGAAGAGGGCAAGGCCACUUUGGAUUGGGGGCAGAGGUUUCGAAUUGUCAAAGAGAUCGCAUUGGGUUUGCUCUAUCUCCAUGAGGAAUGGGAUAAAGUUGUCAUCCAUCGGGAUGUCAAGGCAAGCAAUGUGCUUCUUGACGGAGAGAUGAAUGGACGAUUAGGAGAUUUCGGCCUUGCAAGGUUGUACGACCAUGGCACCGACCCUCAAACCACACACGUCGUUGGCACAAUAGGAUACCUAGCUCCAGAGCUAGUACGUAGAGGCAAGGCAACCACUCUUACCGAUGUAUAUUCUUUUGGUAUCUUCAUACUCGAGAUCACCUGUGGACAGAAGCCUAUCAAGGAGGACCCUCAAGGCAAUCAACUCCUCCUGGUUGAUUGGGUGAUACAUAAUUGGCACAAAGGCUCACUUCUUGAUGCAGUGGACACAAAGCUCCAAGGAAGUUAUCAUCUCGGUGAGACAGGCCUUGCGCUCAAGCUAGGGUUGCUGUGCUCACACCCAUUUCCUAAUGCAAGGCCCACUAUGAGGCAAGUUAUGCAGUACCUCGACGGUGAUUUGCCGCUGCCAGAGCUACUGCCGGCACACUUCAGCUUUGGCAUGUUGUCCUUGAUGCAGAAUGAAGGCCAGGUUGUUGAUUCGUCCAUGCUGUCUUCUUAUCCAUCUCCGAUGAUGAUGAGCAUUGGGUCAAUAUCCGACCUGCUAGAAGAUGGAAGAUGA